UUGUAAUGUGAGUACGUGACAUGUAACUAAUAACGUUAAACCUUAUUUGUUUAAUUCCAACCGUAAUAGGGUACCACACUAGAAACUGAUACUGACGUAUUCAAACUUGUUAACCCUGAUAAUUGAGUGUGAAUCAUUACCGCUCAGCACCUUAAUGGUAGCAGGUUACGUACUAGCAAGUACGUACUGCCUUAGACUUAUGUUUGCAUAAAUCUAGGAAGAGGUGACCCGGACAGCUGGUAUAUCUCUUUAAAUUUUUGGGUUGUUCCUACCCAGAGAUGCAACUCUUGGGUCACAUCUAAGGAUUUAGAAUUGUGCAUCUUAUUCCUAUGUUCUCUGCUAAGAUGAGAAAGGUAGAAGAGCUAAUGCACAAGGGUGUUUCUGCAAAUUAUGAGGCCACACACUUUUAAACUAUUUACCCAGAGAAACUAGGGGCAGGCAGACACUCUAGACGACGAUUGACGAGGCAGCCAUAGGUGUUGUUGUUGUCCCGGCGGCGCCUGCAGUGCCGUAUUCGUAUAAGAGAAGAGACCCCCACCGGCUGCUCCACCCAACGUAACAGAGAAUCGCCGCCCGCCAGGCCAGGCGAUAGCUAGCGCGCGGCGGCCAUCGCCAACGCCCGGCCCGGCCCCGGGCAGCUCGGCUCCUCACGCGCGCGUUUGCAGCGUGAUCGUCGAGCGCCGCCACGUACAUACACGCGCCUCCUCCUCCCCGCCUCCAGGCUGGUUGGCUAGCUGCAACCACUCGCGAGCUAGAGCUAGCUAACUGGCCAGCAGCUCCAGGUCGAACGAAGCUUAGCUAGCUAGCUCACCGGCAGGAGCGGAGCUACCCCUCGAGUACUCGCGCGCGCAUGGGAAACGCCCUCGGGUGCGCGGGGCUCGGCGAGCGGCUGGCGGCCGGCGCCAGGGACGGCGACGCGGCGGAGGUGCGGCGGCUGCUGGACGCCAACCCGGGGCUCGCCCGCUGCGCCGCCUUCGGCAGCCUCAGCUCGCCGCUCCACCUCGCCGCCGCCAAAGGCCACCACGAGAUCGCUGCGUUGCUGCUGGAGAACGGAGCGGACGUGAACGGCAGGAACAUCUACGGCCAGACGGCGCUGAUGCAGGCGUGCCGGUUCGGCCACUGGGAGGUGGUUCAGACGCUGCUGCUGUUCAGAUGCAACGUGUCCAAGGCGGACAGCCUGAGCGGCAGGACGGCGCUGCACGUGGCGGCGGCGGGCGGCCACGUCAGGUGCGCGCGCCUGCUGCUCGCGGGCGCCGGCAGCGGCAGGAGCAAGCUCGUGAACCGGGCGGCCAGCGGCGGCGGCGGCGGCGUGACGGCGCUGCACCUGGCGGCGCUGCACGGGCACGCCGACUGCGUGCACCUGCUGGUGGACGAGCGCGCCGACGUCGCCGCGCGCACGCUGCCCUGCGCCGCGCCGCCCAUGGCGUCCGUCGGCGCCGGGAGCGCGCCGCUGCACUACGCGGCCGCCGGCGGCGAGGUCAAGUGCUGCCAGAUCCUCGUGUCGCGCGGGGCGGACAGGGCCGCCGUCAACUGCAACGGGUGGCUCCCGGUGGACGUGGCCAGGACGUGGGGGUGCCACUGGCUGGAGCACGUCCUGUCGCCCAAGUCUCUGCUGCCCAUCCCCAGGUUCCCGCCCUCCGCAUACCUCUCGUCGCCGCUCGCCAGCGUCAUCACCCUCGCGAGGGAUUGCGGCCUGGCUCUGAACAUGUCGUCGCUGCCAAUGGACACCAUGGACGGCGGCGCCGACGACGGCGACGCAUGCGCAGUCUGCCUCGAAAGACCCUGCAACGUCGCUGCCGAAGUGUGCGGGCACGAGCUGUGCGUCAAGUGCGCGCUGGACCUGUGCUCGGUGAUCAGGUCCUACGACGCGCCGGGGAUCGCCGGCACCAUCCCGUGCCCGCUCUGCCGGAGCGGCAUCGCCUCGUUCAGGAGACGGGCCGCGGCGGCCGAGGCCGAGCCUGGCGCCAAUGCCGGCGACCGGCAGGCGUCGUCCAGCCCACACAAGAAGCGGAGCACGGAGUCCGACCAGGACGGCCUCCCCCUCGUCUGCGCUCCUCCCGCCGUCAUGUCGUCCUGAUCAGCGCUGCAGACAUAGAAAUAGAAGCUGCUGUGCUGCAUCGUCUCUUCGUCGGUAGAAAUCUGCAGGGUACAGCAGCAGCAUGGGUGGAUCACAGGAUGCAUAGAAGCUAGACAGACAGAUUGUUUGGUUCUGUUUGCUGAUGCUCGCCUUCGGCAUCGGUGGAUUUUAUUUUAUUUUCAUUUUAUUUUUUAUGGUGAUUCACAUGGCAUUAGCUAGUCUGCUAGUGUAACACGUUGAUUUGCUGUAGAAAAAGAUGGAACAUUCUUUUGCUGUAAAAAAAAUGGGGUUGGUUGGUUUCGGGCGUUUUGA